AUGGUUGCCUGGAAUUGCGACGAACGCCGUCCGAUCUGCUCCCACUGUUCCAUCGCAGAGCGAGCAUGCGAGUACCGCUCUCCACGACUCCCCACAGUAGAAGAAAGCCCAUCACCACCAUCGACAGCACCAGGAACAUCACCACCAACACCAAUCAACCUCCACGAGACUAUAUCCCCCCAAGGACCCCCCGCAAACCUCCUCCACCUCCAACUCCUCCACAACUUCACAACCUCAACCUCUCAAUCCCUCACAUCACCCCCCGACUCCGACUCCCCCCUCUUCACCCCAAACCUGACCUCCCUCGCCCUCUCCGCCCCCUACCUCGCCAACGAGCUCCUCGCCCUCUCCGCCCUCCACAUAAGCGCAACCCAACCCUCCCUCCGCAAAUCCUACCACCACCACGCCGCCCAGCUCCAAACCCACGCCCUAGCAGCCUUCAACGCCACCCCGGACCUCGUCCCCAUCACAAAAGACACCUGCGCCCCGCUCCUCCUCUUCUCGUCCUGUCUGGGCCUACACGCCCUCUGCGAUACGCUCGUCUUUCGCGAUCUCCCUGAUAGGGAUACGGACUUUGGACAUUUUAUCGCUCGCUUUGUGAAAUAUCUCCGGUUGCACCAUGGUGUCCGUGCUGUUACGGGAUCGGCGUGGUCGAUGCUUCGUGCGUCUGUCUUAUCACCCGUUUUAGAGGGAAGCGUUGCCCUCUUCGAUUGGAAUGGCGGUGGUGGUGGUGGUGAUAGCAACGGCGAUGACAGCAAUAACCUAGCACCCCCAUUUCGCCACCUCCGGGACCACAUCACCGCCCGUCGUCUCGGCGCAGACUCAACCCGCGUCUAUCACCAGACGAUACAUGCUUUGCAAGUCGCAGCCAACGCAUCGCGCCUGUGUCUAGAAAACGACGACGUCAACAUCAACAGCGACAAGGAAAGCCAAAGGGAGAAAAAAUCAAACCCCAACGGCGUAAUAGCCUGGCCCGUCCUCAUUUCCCCCUCCUACAUCGACCUGCUUAUGCACGGGCGUCCCGAAGCGCUGGUGAUAUUAGCGUGCUACGGGGCACUGCUGCACCGCUUCUCAGGGUUGUGGAUAUUUGGCGAUGGGGGCCGGUUUUUGGUUGAGUCUGUGGGGGAGUUUUUGGGGAGCGAGUGGGAGGCGUGGUUGGUUUGGCCGAGGGGGGUUUUGUAUGGGUAUUGA